AUGCUUGGUAAUUUCAGCGGAAAACAUUGGGACAAUGCGUUCUCAAAUGAAGAAAAUCAAAAACUGGAGCAAAGCAAGAUCGGUUACCCUAUGGAGUACGUUGUCCCAGUAAUUCGCCAUAGAUUACCACCUUCUUCAAUACUUAACAUUUCCACAGUGAACAGCCUAGCCUCUCCUCGAACUUUAAAUCCAACUUUUAUUGUUUUAUUAUCGGUGCCUUUUUCUAAGUAAACCACAAAUGGAUACACUCUCAUUGCUGACAGCGCUUGCUGAUCUGUUGCACUUCCCAAAAAAUGGUAUGCCGAGCCCACUUGCAGCCUUAUUUCAUCGUCCAAAGGUGUCCAAAAAGGAGAAGAUCCACUUGCUAAUGAUCUAUCGAGUCGUGAGGUGCAGCUUGAGCGGAGAAGUUCCGUCGGAACUAGAUCCGGUGAUCUGGCAGAUGGUAGUAGGCCGCCCAGUGUUAUCAAGUCGUCGCUAGUAAUCAUACGGCUCGACCUCCUAUAG